CGACAACCUUUUGACACUUCCCAAAGCGUCACGUCUUGAACAUCCAUCUGCAUGCCCUCAUCGGCCUUCCCUCUCCUACCACGCCCUCCCCGCGCCUCUCCAACUAUUUCUCUCCUCACUUCAUCCACACCAUCCCACGAAAACGAGCGCGGAAUCAAGCCGAUCUCGGCUUCCAACCACCUCAGCUACCCCACUAUUCAGAUGCUCAUCACCGCAUUUCGAGACGUGUGCUGAGCGGCAAGAGAAGGACGCAGCAUGGCUUCGUUAGCCGGCAGGGGGCGGGCCAAAAUACGAGCACCUAGAAGAGGCUUGAACGGCGCCGAUGUCGACUUCGAGACCACGUGGGCCGUCCUCGAGCAAGCCUUCAAUGAGAUUCACACCAAGAAUGCCUCCGCUCUUUCAUUCGAAGCGCUAUACCGAAAUGCCUACAAGAUCGUGCUGAAGAAAAAGGGAGAAGAGCUCUACAACAAGGUCGCUAACUUCGAGGCCAAUUGGCUCGGUAAUGAAGUUCGCACACGCAUCGUUCGACAACUCACCCACUCGCUGCUCACGCUCACCGAGGGCUCUUCACCCUCCUUGGCCGGCUCGGUCGAAAGGAAAGUGGCUGGCGAGAGCUUCCUUCGCACGCUCAAGCAGGCUUGGGAAGAUCACCAGAUCUGCAUGGGCAUGUUGACGGACGUGCUGAUGUAUAUGGACCGCGUGUAUUGCACCGAUCAUCGGCAGCCGUCAAUAUACGCCAAAGCAAUGGGCCUCUUUCGUGACCAAAUUCUCCGAUCGCCCGCACGACAGGGCUCGCCAGACCUCAUCAAUAUCCUCACAUCUGUCAUUCUCGACCAGAUACAAAUGGGUCGUGAUGGAGAGGACAUCGAUCAGUACCUCAUCAAAUCGAACGUUUUUAUGCUGGAGGGUCUCUACGAGUCGGACCAAGAAGCGGAGGACGAAAAAUUGUACCUGCAGCUAUUCGAGCCGGUCUUUCUGGCCGCGAGCGCAGUCUUCUAUCGACAGGAGGGCGAGCGGCUGUUGAAGGAGUCGGAUGCUGGCACAUACUGCAAAGAAGCGAAGAGGCGGAUCGUGGAGGAGACGGACAGGUGCAGAUCAACGCUCUCGGAGAGUACAACUCCAAAAAUCCAGGCGGUGGUGGAGGACGAGCUCAUCAGGAAUAAGAUGAAGGGGCUGAUCGAGACCGAGAGUGGCGUGAAGUACAUGGUGGACAACGACAAGUUCUACGAGCUGGGUUUGGUGUUUGAGCUCGAAGCUCGCGUCGACGCCCGAAAGCCAGAGCUCACAAAAGCCAUGCAGCAGAUCAUCGUGGAUAUGGGCACACAGAUCAACGAUGCCGCCGUGGCUGUAUCGCAAGCGCCGCCUCCUGCUCCUCUGGCCGCCGAAGAUGGAGAGCAGGACAAGUCACGGCCGAAUGCUACGAAGCAAAUCAACCAGCAGACGGUCGCCGCUCUCAAGUGGGUCGAAGACAUCCUGGCCCUCAAGGCUCGCUUCGACAACAUCUGGAAGACCGCCUUCGCCUCCGAUCAGACCGUAUCGACCGCUUUGACCCGUAGCAUGUCCGAUGUGAUCAAUACGUUCAGCAGAGGAAGCGAGUACAUUUCCCUCUUCAUCGAUGAGAACAUGAAGAAGGGCAUCAAGGACAAGACGGAGGCGGAGAUUGACGACACGCUCGAGCAGGCCAUCAUCACCCUGCGGUAUCUCCAAGACAAGGACAUUUUCGAGACGUACUACAAGAAGCAUCUCUGCAAGCGACUGCUGUUGAAGAAGAGCGUCAGUAUCGAGGUGGAGAAGCAGAUGAUUUCGAGGAUGAAGAUCGAGCUGGGCAACUCGUUCACUUUGAAGCUGGAGGCGAUGUUCAAAGACAUGACGUUGUCGGAAGAGCUGACGGCAGGAUACCGCGAUUACGCGGUGAAGACGAGUGGUGCGGACCCCAAGCGCGUGGACCUCACCAUCAACGUCCUCACCGCGAUGACCUGGCCGCUCGAAGCGUUUCGAUCUGGUGGCGAAGAAGAGCGAGAAGGCCGCACUCAGAUCAACUUCCCCGGCUCCAUCGAAAGGAUCAAGACUGGAUUCGAAAAGUUCUACUCGGAGAAGCACAACGGUCGCAAAUUGACAUGGCAAACCAACAUGGGCGAUGCAGAUAUCAAAGCCACCUUCCCUCGGUCUCGAAACGGGCGGCCCAUGACGCAUGAUAUCAAUUGCUCGACGUAUGCGAUGCUCAUCCUCCUGCUCUUCAACGACCUGCCCGCAGACAAAUCCCUCACUGUGGAAGAGAUCCAAGCCAUGACGAACAUCCCGGACAACGAUCUGAAACGCAACCUGCAGUCCCUUGCUGUGGCACCGAAGACCCGAUUCCUCGUCAAGGAACCGAUGAGUCGCGAGAUCAAACCUGGGGACAAGUUCCGAUACAACGAGGACUUUUCCAGCAAAGUCAUCAAGAUCAAAGUCAACGUUGUUUCGGCGGGCAAUCGGGUGGAAGGGGAUCGCGAGAGGAAGGAGACGGAAAAGAAGAACAAUGACUCGCGGUCCUUUGCCAUCGAGGCGGCGGUCGUGAGGAUCAUGAAACAACGCAAACAGCUAUCGCACUCGCAGCUGUUGACUGAAACCAUAGAUCAGCUGAAGGCGCAGUUCAAGCCGGAUGUGGGCAUGAUCAAGAAGCGCAUCGAGAGCUUGAUUGAGCGGGAGUACCUGGAGCGCAUGGAUGAUGCGCCGGUGCCGAGCUAUAGGUACUUAGCAUAGGGUGCGUGACCUCAUAUGUCGCAGGGGCUUGGGGCCUAGCCAUUUUCGUUUUACCUGCUGGUUUGAUGCGGGAGGCGAUGAAACGCAUGGGAGCAUACGGGAACAUGGAUCAUGGGAGGGUUUGCUCGAGAAAGCGAGGCGUUAGGAGGGGCCACUGCUUGAUUUUUGCUUCAUGUGACAAACGGAUGGGUCAUGUUGAGAUGAAAUGUGCGUGUUUGAGAGCUAGAGAGGUAUG